AGCAUUUAGACGAUCAUCACAUCUUGUCCUAACUCAAGCUAGUUUCGGAGGAACAUGGUGAAGCUAAGGCCGCGGAUAUACAAGGAGAUAUGAUCAAUCAGAUCGUCUCACUGCAGACUGCUUAUCAGACCCCGUGUCCGAAGCCGGCGCGGAAGCGAGGUCCCGCCGAGGGAACACGGGGAUAUCUAUAAAGCCAACAAAUCCCGUUCAUUCCCCGGCUCUCCCCGUCACGGACUAUGAAGUCGGCAUCUUUUUUGCAAAUGCCCUCGCUGGCGCCCGUGGAAUUGGGGAUGGAGUCACCAAUGGGUGACUGACUCAUCAAUGAAGGUAUUUCGAAUGUGUAGUUGGGCAUUGAGAUAUAAAAUCGUAAUGGAGACGUAGAAUGAGUCAAACGUGACGACCCAAAAGCGACGUGGACUAAACUUUUCCCCCACUUCAAACUAGCAAGGUGACUAUCAAACAUCACCAUCUCCGCAGCUUCGGUAUUACCCCUGAUAUCGAAAUAAAAUAUUUUGAAUUUUUGAAUUUUCAGCAUUUUCGCAGUUUGCGGUCCGGGAGUUACGUCGAUUCAGACAUGGCCACCAACGCUGGAGACGAGGGAAGGCCGCCUUACCCACCUUUCACGGCGGAGACGGCGCAGAUCAAGGUGAAAGCAGCGCAGGAUGCGUGGAACACGAAGGACCCGGCCAAGGUCAAGCUAGCCUACACGCCGGACUCGAUCUGGCGCAACCGGGACACGUUCCUGACGGGCCGCGACGAGAUCGAGGUCUUCCUGACCAAGAAGUGGCAGCGCGAGCAGGCGUACCGUCUGCGCAAGGAGCUGUUCGCGUUCACGGAGAACCGCAUCGCCGUGCAGUUUUGGUACGAGUGGCACGACGCCGACGGCCAGUGGUGGCGCACCUACGGGCUUGAGGACUGGACGUUUGCUGAUGACGGGCUGAUGCGCAAGAGGAUGAUGAGCGGGAACGAUGUGCGCAUUGAUGGUGGCGAGAGGUGGUUUGCGGAUGGGGUGGAUGUCAAUGCUGUUGAUAUCUCGGAGAAGCAUUGGUGAUUUUGAUGGAGUGAUUAUUGUGGUGUUAUUCCGCGAGUUUCCCUUCUCCCCUCUCAAUAGUCCUCUCUGUAUUAUGUAUAGGAUG